AUGGAUUGGUUGGUCAAAUGAAACAAGUACAUAUAUAAGAAUAAAAUUUCAAUUUGAUUCUAUUCGUCAAAUAAAUCGUGUAACAAUACAUACAAAUAAUUUAUUUUCAAAAGAAAUUCUUAUAUUUAAAACUGCAAUAAUAUCAUUUUCAAAAAUUGAUAAUGAAAAUAAUUAUUCAAAUAUAAUUAUUUAUCAACAUAAUCGUGAUGAUAUAUUUGAAAUAGCACGUCCAAUAUUAAUUGAAUUAAAUAAUCAUAUAGCUAAAUUUGUACGUUUAGAUUUAUAUUUUGAUUCAAAAUGGUUAUUAAUUAGUGAAAUAACAUUUGAUUCACAAAUAUAUAAUGAAAAAAUUGAAAAGAAUAAUGAAAUUAAAGAAAAAUUUCUUAGAAAAUCUUUUAAUAUUGAAAAUGAUUUACGUAAAAAUUAUCGAGAUAUACAAAAAACAACAAUAUUAAUGAAUUCAUCUGCAAAAAUAUCACCAGUUAUUACAAUUGAAUUAUCUUUAGCUUUUUUUAUUGGUGCUUUAUUAGUUAUUACUAUUUUAUUAAUUGUUUCACUUAUAUGGAUUCUUAAACGAAAGAAAAAAUUACAAUUUCAAAAAUUAACUGAAAAACCAUGUAAUAAUUCAUCAUGUUAUACUUAUCCAACAUUACAAAUACGUGAGUUCCAUGAUUUAAAUGCACCUAUUGAAAGUGCUAUUGAUGAUCGUGAAUAUGCAAUACCAGAUGUAAAUUUCUAUUCAACAUUUUCACCUAAACAUAAUUUAACUAGUCCUCAUCUAAUACGACCAUUAACAAUAAAUUCAAAUAAUAUGAAUUCAUAUCCAACUUUAAAACCAAUAUUACAUUGUUGUAUUCAUCAACAACAACAAAAACAACAUUUAUCUAUGUAUCAACAAUCAUCGAUAUUAUUUUCUUCGAUAGAAGAAAUUCCAUCAAUUGAAGCUACUUGUGGAAAUAGUUUAAUGAUUACAAUGAAUCUAAUUAUGGAUAAUAAACAAAUAUCAAUAAAAGAAAUAAAUAGUGAUGAUUUAAUUUGUAUUGAUAAUAUUGGUCAUGGAUUAUUUGGAAAUAUACAUCUAGCUGAAUUACAAAUAACUAAUAAUGAUAAUCAGAUAGAAAAACAAAAUGUAAUUAUUAAAUCAUUAAAUGAAAAUGUAGAUGUUAAACAAAAAGCAUUAUUUUGGAAAGAAAUUGAAUUACUUUCAAUAAUGAAUAAUACAAAUGUAUGUUCUCUAUUGGGUAUUUUGAAUUCACAACGAACAGUAGCUAUAUUUGAAUAUUAUUCACUUGAUUUAUAUCAAUAUCUUCGUCAACAAUCAAUACCAUUAGAUAAUUGUUCAGCAUCAAGUUUUUUACUUUCAUUAGCAUGUCAGAUAGCAUCUGGAAUGAAAUAUUUAUCAUCUCUUCAAAUAAUUCAUCGAGAUUUAGCUACAAGAAAUUGUUUAAUUUCACCUAUAGAUCAUCAAUUACAUUUAACUGAUAUUGCUAUGGCUAAAUUAGAAUAUGCAAAUGAUUAUGCACGAGUUGGACAACAUCAAUAUCGUAUUGCAAUACGAUGGUCUGCUUGGGAAUCUAUAUUUCUUAAUAAAUUUUCUUUGAAAUCCGAUAUUUGGUCAUUUGGUGUAACACUUUAUGAAUUAUUUACUUAUGCACGACAACGUCCUUAUCAUACAUUAACAAAUGAACAAUUCAUACAACAAUUUGCUUGUCUAUCACACACAGAAUUAUCACCAUCAUGUUUAAUCAUAACUAAUCUUCAUUUACCACAACCAGAAUUAUGUUCAAAAGAAAUUUAUGAUAUGAUGUGUGAAUGUUGGCAAAGAGAUUCUCAACAUCGACCAUCAUUUGCUGAUAUACAUACAUUUUUACUUGGUAAAGCAUCUGGUUCAACUUCAUUGACAUUAUCAGGGCUAUAG